AUGAAGUGGCAGACGAAGCCCGGCGUGCGAGGCUCCGCACCUAGCAUAACCGGCCGCCGACGCCGCGAGCUCACGGAAGAGCAGAUUGCUGAGAUUAAAGACGCGUUCACCAUAUUCGACACCAAUGGCACGGGUCGCAUAGAGGCACGCGAGCUUAAGAUGGUGCUGAAGGCGCUCGGAUUCGACCCUAGUACCGACGAAAUGUACUCUAUAAUGAGCAUGGUCGACAAGGACGGAUUCGGCACUGUGACGUACGACGAUUACUUCAAAAUCGUGAAGACCAAGAUACUGGAUCGCGACCCUGCGGAAGAGAUCGCAAAGGCGUUCAAGCUUUUCGCCGACGUCAACACGGGCACGAUCAGUUUAAAGGAUCUGCGUCGCGUCGCCGACGAGCUCGGCGAGGUGGUGUCGGACGAGGAACUAGCCGAGAUGAUCAAAGAGGCGGAUCGCGAUAACGACGGUGUGGUCAGCGAAGCUGAAUUCAUGAAGAUCAUGCGGAAGUCAAACCUUUUUUAA